GAAGAUGGAGGAAGUAAAAACAGGAUUACCCUUAGCUACGGCUCCUCCGCCGCCUUAGUCCCCCCCACAGCCAACUGCCGUGCACAAACACACCUCCACUGGGCCGAGGGAGCCGACACUAAUAAACACACAAACAAAAGGGGGAUGGAACUGACUCACUGCCUGCGCGGCUGAGCACUGCACUUUGACUAUGGAAGCAGAGGCUGUUGAUGGAUAUAUUACAUGUGACAAUGACUAUUCGCCCGAAAGGGAGCACUGCGGCAUGGCCAUCGACCUCACCUCCAGCACUCCCAAUGGGCAGCACACCUCGCCCUGUCACAUGGCAGGCACCAAUUCAGUAAAGCUAGAAAUGCAAAGUGAUGAGGAAUUUGACAGGAAGCCCCUGAUUCAUGAAGAUAUUAUCAGAGCUCACGAUGGAGGAAGCAGCCUGGAAGAUCCCUUCAUUGGGAGUAACGAGAUGGUGGAUAACAGAAAGAUCCAGGAGCUAUCAAGCGAGGGAGGAAUCCGGCUUCCGAAUGGUAAACUGAAAUGUGACGUCUGUGGCAUGGUUUGCAUUGGGCCCAAUGUGCUAAUGGUACAUAAAAGGAGCCACACUGGUGAACGCCCCUUCCACUGUAACCAAUGUGGAGCUUCUUUUACCCAGAAGGGGAACCUGCUGAGGCACAUCAAGUUGCACUCUGGGGAGAAACCGUUCAAAUGUCCCUUCUGUAGCUACGCCUGCCGGCGGAGGGACGCCCUCACAGGACACCUCAGGACACACUCUGUGGGGAAGCCUCACAAGUGCAACUACUGCGGCCGGAGCUACAAGCAGCGCAGUUCUCUGGAGGAGCACAAGGAACGCUGCCACAACUACCUGCAGAAUGUCAGUCUGGAGGCUGCUGGGCAGGUCAUGAGUCACCAUGUACCUGCUCUGGAAGAUUGUAAGGAACAAGAGCCUGUGAUGGACAACAAUAUUUCUGUGGUGCCUUUUGAGAGACCUGCUGUUAUAGAGAAGCUGACGAGCAACAUGGGAAAGCGUAAAAGCUCCACCCCACAGAAGUUUGUGGGUGAAAAGUUCAUGAGAUUUGGCUAUCCAGAUAUCCCCUUUGAUAUGAACCUAAGCUAUGACAAGGAGGCUGAGCUGAUGCAGUCUCACAUGAUGGACCAAGCCAUCACCAAUGCAAUCACCUACCUUGGAGCUGAGGCACUUCACCCCCUGAUGCAGCACACACCGAGCACAAUUGCAGAGGUGGCCCCGGUCAUCAGCUCAGCUUACGCUCAGGUCUAUCAUCCCAGCAGGAUAGAGAGGCCCAUCAGCAGGGAAACAGCCGACAGCCACGAGAACAACAUGGAUGGUCCCAUCUCCCUCAUCAGACCAAAGAGUCGAAUCCAGGAUAGAGAGGGCUCCCCCAGCAAUAGCUGCCUGGAUUCUACUGACUCAGACAGCAGCCACGACGACCGCCAGUCCUACCCAGGAAACGCUGCCUUAACCCCCAAGAUAAAGCCAAACCCGGCUUACGUGAAGGAAGAGGCCAAGCCUUUGGAUGUCACAAAAGCUUCUAAGGGCUCUUUAAAGGAUAUGUACAAGGUGAUCAACGGAGAAGGGGAGCAGAUUAGGGCUUUCAAGUGCGAGCACUGUCGCGUCCUCUUCCUGGACCAUGUCAUGUACACCAUCCACAUGGGCUGCCACGGCUACCGGGACCCGCUGGAGUGCAACAUCUGUGGCUACCGGAGCCAGGACCGCUAUGAGUUCUCGUCGCACAUAGUCCGGGGGGAGCACACAUUCCGCUAGGCCUUCUCAUCCAAAGGGGACUCGUAUGAAGUAGAAGAACUGCACAUGAAGAAAUACUGCACUUACAAUCCCACUUUUCCUCAGACAUUGAGACGCUUAUUUUGUUGUUGUUGCUGUUGUUGUUGUUGCUGUUGUUUAAUUAUUAUUAUUAUUAACCUUAUUUUUUGUGGACCCAACCUCAUUUGCUCUGCCCAGCUUAAGAAUGGAAAGAAGGAAGGGAAUGGAUAAAAGAGGGGUUUGUUGUGGCCAUCAGUUUUUGGGGAGUGACCCGCCUUGCUUUCUGUGGGAAUCGGAAGGCAGUCUGUGUCCGUCUCAGUCAGUUGUACACCGUGUCCCCUUUCGGGAUAUCGCUCAACCGUGCCAGGUGCUUUCAAGUCCCAACGAGAUGCCACUCAUUUGCAAUUUCAGAGGAAUAGGUAGAAACAUUUCAGAGGAGAGUCUUUUUCUAAUGUGAAGGUGUGGUGCGAGCUUUCGGUGGCUGGAGGAAAGGGGGGGAACCUUGUUCCACAGAAUGAACAAGUAUUUUUAAAGCGAAACUGGUAGGGAGUUAGGAGCAUGAAUCAAAGUCAAUAUUCCUUUCAAAAUUACUUUCAAGGGUGAGCUGUUUUCCUGGGUUCAGUGUGUAUUGCCCCUCUAGAAUGUAAAUAAAUUUAAAAAAAAAAAAAAGAAAAAAAGAAAAAAAAGAAAUGUAUGUCUUAACACUGUACCACAUUACAGCAGUUUAGUUUCAUAAGUCUGAGGGCCUUCUGUGGUAAGUUUGAGGCUUUGUGUUUUUAUUUUCCUUAACUUAUGAAGCACCUUUUUUUAGAAUUGUUGAUAUUCUGUUACUCCAUGCCUAUGUGUUGUCUCACUGGCUUCUUAGAGACCCUUGGGAGCCUUACUUCUUUAGUUGCACCCUAAGUUUUAAACAAGAGCAUUUAGAAAUAACAUUUAAACUUGCUUCUAGGACAGUAAGUGGCCUAGGAGUGGGUGAGAGUCUGUAGUUUACUCAAGAGGUUCUGCUGCUCUUUUGGAAUACCUUUGGGUUAAAAUUACGGAUUUUUAAAAUGACGAAAGUACUAGCAGCAAAGUGUUCUUUAAAUAUAGGUAUAUAUAGAUAUAUAAUUGUGUAAAUACUUUCUCAUUCUACUAUCACAGUGUUAACCUCUUGGCAACAGCCUAAACUAACACUUGCAGCUGGGAAAGCGUUAGGAGCCAGAUCCUUGGCCAACAUUAUUCCUCUUGGUUCCGUUGAAUUUAAUGGAGCUGCCUCAACUACUUCAGCUACAUCAGGAUCCAAACCUUGACUGUUUUUUCUCUUGUUGACUUCUUACUUGAUAAUCUGCUGAACCACUGAAUUCCUUUUGUUUGUACAUCAUCACUUCUGCUGAUGUAUUAGUGAAAGUAUUAGUGGGUUUUGCUGGGUGGCCUUGGGUCCUGGUGAGCACAGAAGCCCAGGUCAUAUACGACCUUCAGGUGGUAUACAUGCAACCAACAGGUCACGUACGACCUUCCCUACUUCUUCAAAAAGUAAUAAGUGGAGGUGGAGGUGCUGUGUAUUGAUUUGGACUUAAAGAUUUCAAUUUUAUUCCUAAUUUAUUAAUUUCCCUGUAGGGAAAGCAAAUGGAGAAACACACUCCAGAGAGAGUCCUUGACCUACAGACUGAACAAGAAAACAAGUCCACUGAUCUAUUUUGUUUCCUUUCUUUCUCUCUCAGUAAAUAACAAAGCCAGCAACCACCCAGCAAGUUGCAUCAGUAAAAACUGGGCUUAAACCUAGGGGACAGAUUGCCAUUGAAACCCAACUGUUUGUACCAAUCACAAUUGAAAUGUUGCUGUUUGGCAACAAGAGCACAGCUUGAGAAUGGAAAGAUCUGGAUGGGUUUAACCCCCUCCGCACGCAUGGUCUCUGUGCGCUCGGGGAGACCUUUUCCAAAGGAUAAAGUUACUAAAGUAUAAAAGAGAGAGCAAGAUCAGGGCAUAAUGAAUUCCCAUCUGCUCCCUCCAAUCUGUGCACUUGAUGCAUAUGCCAGUUUGCUGUUCGUUUUGAGGGUACUGGGUUUUUUUUUUCUUCCUUCUUCUCUUCCUAGACCUGGAGCAUUUGAAAGUAGGAGCUGAGUGGUAUUGAUUGAAAUCUUUUUAUGGUGACAUUCUUGGCAGCUAGAACCUGUGUUUAGAAAGAAUACAGUAGAUCAUGGCCAGAUUACCUGAUGACUGCUUCCCAGCACUGCAAUGCUAUUAAGUAGGAGCUGGUAAAGUCUUGCAGUAGCCUAUUAAUUAUAAUACAAUAUGGACAGAAAUGUCAUCUUGUGUAAUGUGAGACCUAUCAAGGCUGGGAAUAUGCAAGGCUUUGGAGAGACAGAUUUAAAGAUCUAUUCCCAACAUUGUUCUUAAUGUCGUUGGGUUCCUCCCCCUCCUUCUUUCUUCACCCUACUAUAGAGGAAACUGGGGCAAAUGAACCAUUGCUGUCCUCCAGACUAUUCUCAUUGUCUUGUGCCUGGUACAGUCAAAAGAGUUUGUGCAGGAGAAGAGCAGGGAGGUGCUGGAGGGCAUCGCCUUUAUUCCGUGUGGCUGAUUCUCUGCAGUCAGGGAGGUGGGCUUAGGAGGUGGCCGGCCUUGCUUUGUGUCAGGAUGUGCCUGGAAAUUCAGCAGAGAAAAGAGUGGUUGUGAUUUGCUGAGGCAGGAAAGGUCCUUUAAGAACAAGGUGGAAAGGGAAAGGUUCUUGGGCCUUGAGGGUUGCUGGGCUUGCCUUGACCUCCAGAAAAAAACAUGCCCAAGCCAGAGAGAGAGGUUGCCGGCAAAUCCUUUCAGUCUCUGAGGGAAACACUCCGUUCUCCCCUCUGUGGUCAGUGAAAGAAUAUUGGGCUGUGGUUUCUUGGAACAGUUGGCACUAGGGAAAAAGUGUUUAAAAUUUCUGCCUUUGUUUGGGAAAGCACCAGAAUACGGGAAAGGUAGAGAAUCUCUUGUGUAUCCACAAAUCAGUUGGCAGCAAUUACAUCUGCAGUUCGUUAGUGUGCACUUUGGUUCCCUGAUGACUGGCUGAUACCUCCGGUUGGGUGUAUUCUGUAGGUGUUCAAAGGAUCAGGUGGGGAGGCCCGCUGAUUUUGGACCUGGCUUCAGUUAAGUCCAGCUUCUUGAUCUAAUGGUAGCAGGUGAGGUCUGUAUGCCCUGGUACCACGGGUACAGGGAACUGUGGAGGCACUGGGGAGUUAUCUUAGAGAAACUACCAUUAUUUGGAGAGGAAGAAAUUUGAGGGGUCACUUCAAUUUUUUAUUAUCAAUGUCCUUCUCUAAACAUUCACUGAAGGCUUUUAUCCUAGAGUUUGGAGAAGAAGAAAGAUUAAAUUCUAGUAGAAAGAUUAAAUUCUAGUUCAAACUUUGAACAAAAUUUUGAAUUAACAUGUACUUUAGGAUUCAAUUCCUACUGAAAAUUAUUAGAGAGGUUUAUGUAGUGCAGUUUGUCCUUGCACAAAAGUGAGCAAAAUGGGGCAGCAGAGAUUUCUUUGAGUGUUUUUUUUCUUGCUUGCUCUCUGCAAGAAUUGGAUUUCUAAGAAAAGCUCUUGAGUUUCGUCAAGUUCAUUAGUCAUUCAUAGUGUACUAGGAAUUUCAGUGGCUAAUCCUUGGCCUCCGAAUCCGUUUGUUCUGAGUAUUUGGUACUGGAAAUCGACCUAGCUGAUUUUUAUUGGACUCUCUUGAAAUUCUUGGAAUCAGGUUUCCAGUUAGAAACAUGCAUUUGCAAAUUUAGAAUUGGCUUCCUGUGAGCAUUCCCCAUUUUCAUUAAAAAAAAAAAAAAAAGGAAAGAAUAAAAAAAUUCUGUGCACUUCUCUACCACUGCCAGUAAACCCUUUUGCUUCUUUUACAUUAAAAAAGGCAAUAUUCUGACUCUGUUUAGAGGAUUGUAAGCCUGUUAAUUUGAAGAGAAGCAUGUCUGCUUAUUCUGCUCUUGGUGUGAUCCAUAUCCUUGGAGCAGAGGGCAUUAUCUAUAUAUCUGCAGUUAUGACUGAUGAAUUUUACAGCCACCUCUCUUUGUAAUCAGUUAGGAGUGCACCUCAAAAUAUAUAGCAUUUUUCAGUAAAGCUUGCUCUUUACUCAGUAACUUAUGGGAUUAAAACAAUUUUAUUCUCCUUAAAAAGUGCUUUCAUCUACGAUGUGAUGUGCAGGGUGUCUAGGCAUUAACCUGUGGUGGUCUAUAGUAGAGAGAGCGAUUUUAAAUGGGUUAAUUGGCCUGAUUUUUAGUGAUACUGGUUUCUGCAAUGUGAGGACCCAGCUCACAAAGUAACCAUGUGGACCUAAAAUAUGUUUACUGCCAGGUGAAGAAAUUCUCAGUUGUCAGACUUUCAAAAUUUCUUUCUGUUUACAAGGGCUUUCCUAAAUUUGUGCUGUAAGGCAGGAGGUCAGUAAUGGAACCCAGCCCUUCAAAACUGGGCUUUAAUGGGGCAUUAUUACUGUUGCCCAGGUCCUGGGCUAGCUUGUUCUGAUUUGAAAUAAGCCAGGCAACAGACACUCCUUCCUCCAGAAAGAAACUUUGGAGAUAAUUGCAGCAAAAGUGCUUAUUUCAGCCAAGGGCAGGAGCUACAGUAAUGGAGUUCCUUUGCUGGAUAAAUUCCUUUCCUUAACUCUUGCUGUGCUUUAUAAUGUAAUGAGGGGGGAGGAGGGAGGCUGCCAGAGUCGCUGAAAGUCAGUGUGGGAUUUUAGGAAAAGGGAGAUGAAAUUGGCUUUUCUGCUAGUAAUUCGCAUCUUAGCUUGGCUUAAUAGCAUUUAAAAACAAAAAUGGAUGGCCCGUGGUCUGGGGCAGCUGGAGAGCUUGAGAAAGCAUAUUUAUAUAUAUAUAUGGUAUUGUGUAGUUAGAUAUAUGCUUAAUUGUAUAUGUGCCUUUUCCAAAUGCAUUUUGGGAGAUCCCGAUGUCGUUUGUGAUAUCCUAACAGACCCUUUUAGAAUGCACAACAAAAACCAACCCAAAGGAAACAUCCCUUCCCCUGCUCUGCGCCCUCCUUGGCAGCUUGACCCGGAGAGAGGACCCUGUUCCGUACUUUGCUGUGAGAUUUCCUGGAGUCACACGGCUUUUAGGAGUGGGAAGGGCUGAAAAUUCCCUUAGCCAAGUGCAUUCCAGCUAUCCAGCCCAAGCUGGUCUGUGGCUGGUCCCCAGCGCGAUGCCAGGACUUGCCGUGGGAGCCCCCAGCUGCACCGUGCCCUACAGAGAGCAGGGAAGCAUCUUCUGUUUUCUCCCUCUCAGUGCUCUAAGUAAAGCACCCUUGGAAGUGGACUUUGCUCUGCUUUAAAGUUCCUGCUUUGGACUGGGAGCAGACUUUAAAGCACUUGGCCUCUUGCUUCAGCCUGGAAAAACAGAUGGGGCGAGUCCUUUGGAAGUUUUUGCAAGUUUGCCUGUAACGCUGCUGUCACCCCAGGAGCUGGUGUAGAGACGAGGGAAGCUCAUCAGCAGGAGGUGUUCAGGGGGUUCACGAGCUGGAGCUCUGCUGUGACGAGCACAGGGCCGGUUCUGGGACUUUCCCUGCGGGUUGGUGACCUGGUUUCAGGUGCAGCUGUUCCCCCUGCAGGGCUGCAGAGCUGAGUGUGCCAGCGCAGCCAAGGCGGGCAGGCCACCGUGGGCAAGGUGGCUGUGCCAGCAGGCUUUGGGCACACCCUGAGCCCAGCAACAGCUCAGAGCCACCCCACUGGCAGCACUCUGCUGGGCCCAGGCCACAGCAGCCAAAGAGAGGUGGUGGGGAGAGCAAUUAGGUAGAAAAGAGCUGGAAUUUGCUUCAUAGUGAAUAGAUUCCCUUUUUUCCCAUGAUGUGUUCUGAGAUACAAGCAGAGAAGAACAUCACUGGUUCCCAGUUUGGUUUCUAAUUUGACCUCCUACGACCCCACUUGAAAGGGUGGGUUGUGUCCUUCUGCUGUCUGGCUCUGAAACGUGCAGAGGACAGUCAGGAGGAGGGGUGGGCUCAGGCUUUGCCAUGCUGCAUGCUUAGCAGGCCAAGAAAACAAUAAAAGCAGUCUCUGUUAAUUCAUCUAAAUCAUCAACUUCCCAGUUGAUCAUGCAGAUUCCCAGUUCCUGUUCGCUUUCAGCCUUUGGAAAGGUGGUUGGUUUUCAGUGUGCUCACUUGUGUCCUCAUCUUUGAAGAUAACUUCCCGUGCUGUCUCCUUCUGUACAAACUUCUCCUUUUCAUCUUGGGGCCUAAUUAAUCAGUGGACAGAAAUGACCAUUUCAACGGAAACCUGCAUGGUCAUAGUAAAACUAAUAUUUUUUUACAGUUGCAAAAAAACCUAAGAGCAGAAAAAACCCCUGUGAUAUUUUGACUAGCAGUGUGCGUAGUAUUUCAAGGGAGUGAAUGACAGUGAAGUUAAUCGGAUCAUGUCGUGAGAGGAGCUGGUACCGUGUGGACCCUGUUGGGAGAAAGGGAGCAGCGUGGCCCAAAGCCGGGGCCAGCGCUUCCUUCCCGCAGCGGGUCUUGGUUUAAGUGACUGCACUGCAGCCCAGGAAAACAUUUGAGCACCACCAGCCUCGUUCCACGCCUUUGGCUGGAUCUGGAAGCGCACAGGAGCUCUGCAGCUGGCCGUGUGUCCCCCGUGAGAUCGGGGUGCAGCACAGCAGCUCUGGGCAGGCCUCGCUGGCAGCGCUGAAGACACGUUCCCUUUUUCUGUGUAGCAGCCUUAAUCCCUGGCCCUUGGUGGUACCCGGGGCUCGGCAGGCUCUGGUCUGCGUCACCGGGCUGGAGAAAGGACGGGUGCCUCCCGCAAGGCAUGGGGGGAGCACGGCUCCUUAGGGGCACAGCGGGGCCACUUUGCAGUCAGGUGGGCCAUUUAGUUUUACCUCAAGUGACACCGAGUAAGUAAAGCUUCUUGCAGGGGUGGAGGUCACUGAAUCCCUACUAUGCACUUACUGGGAUUUGACAUUGCUUACUGGAAAUGGAUGUUCGCUCCUGAACACGCCGUAACAAGGGAAGGACUUUUUCUGGUUGUUUUUUGUAGUCAUUCAGAUUCUGAAACUGUGAUCAAUUAUUUGACAAAUUGUCAAGUGUCCUCAGAGCUUGAACAUGUUCACUUCCUCACCAUGUAGCAGUCUCCUCUAGCUUUCUGUGCUUUCCUCUUUUCCCCUUUUCCUUCUUGGAGCUUUAAGUCUGGGCCCGCUCUUCUCUCCUGUAGCUUUGGGCUGUUUAGGGGGUUGGGGGGGUUGGUUUUGGGGUGUUUUUUGUUCAUUGGCUGUA